AUGGCUGAUAAAGGCUAUACUCCUCUAGUUAAACAAUCCUCAACUGAUCAAAACAAUACUUCGAAAGAUAAGUCGGAGUCGUCCGCUAUUGAUGAGGACGGCAAUAAAUUCGUGACUGAAACGAUUGAAAAUGCAAGAAAUGCAUUAAAAUACAAUGUGUAUGGUAUUGCGGGAGGUUUCCUAUCAUUAUGUUAUGGGGCUUAUUUGAUCGGACAUUCUGGUAUUGGUGCGACUUCAGUGUUUUGUGCUGGAAUGGGACUUGCUGUAUCAGCAUGGAUGGUACGAAAUAACUAUUUGACAGAAAGAGAUGUCGGACUUGCCAUUCAAAGGUCGGUUUUGCUCAACGAAAAAGGUUGCAUCUUGGCCAGACUCACAGAUUUACCAACUUGGGUUUUUUUCCCCGAAACUGAACGAGUGGAAUGGGUUAAUAAAAUUUUGCGUCAGCUGUGGCCUUAUGUUGGAAAUUAUGUCAAGGAGAUGCUUAAAGAAACCGUAGAACCAAGUAUUAGAGAAAGUUUGCCUUCAUACCUUCAAAGCUUUAGAUUUGAGAAAAUUAUUCUUGGAGACAUGCCUCCUAGAAUUGGUGGGGUUAAAGUUUAUCAAGAAAAUGUCUCAAGAAAUGAAAUCAUAAUGGAUUUAGAAAUCCGGUACUCUGGUGAUUGUAACUUUCAAGUUGGUGUUAAAAAAUUUAGAGCUGGAAUAAAAGAUCUGCAGAUUUAUGGUACAAUGCGAGUGGUGAUGAAACCUUUAGUCAAAAUCAUUCCUCUUGUUGGUGGAGUAACUGUAUUCUUUUUAAAUCGACCGCGCAUUGAUUUCAACUUGACAAAUGUUGCUAAUGUGUUGGAUAUGCCAGGCUUAGGAGACAUUUUAAGAAAAGCUGUCAACGAGCAAGUUGCUGCUAUGAUGGUUUUGCCAAACAAAUUUCCAGUGCAACUAAUUCAGGAUAUACCUCUAAAAUCACUUAAAUUUUCACCACCAGCAGGUGUUCUGCGUCUACAAAUUGCAGAAGGAAGGGAUUUGGUGAAAGCUGAUGUUGGAAUGUUAGGAAUGGGAAAAUCUGACCCUUAUUGUAUAAUAACAGGCAAAGAAAGUUUGCCUUCAUACCUUCAAAGCUUUAGAUUUGAGAAAAUUAUUCUUGGAGACAUGCCUCCUAGAAUUGGUGGGGUUAAAGUUUAUCAAGAAAAUGUCUCAAGAAAUGAAAUCAUAAUGGAUUUAGAAAUCCGGUACUCUGGUGAUUGUAACUUUCAAGUUGGUGUUAAAAAAUUUAGAGCUGGAAUAAAAGAUCUGCAGAUUUAUGGUACAAUGCGAGUGGUGAUGAAACCUUUAGUCAAAAUCAUUCCUCUUGUUGGUGGAGUAACUGUAUUCUUUUUAAAUCGACCGCGCAUUGAUUUCAACUUGACAAAUGUUGCUAAUGUGUUGGAUAUGCCAGGCUUAGGAGACAUUUUAAGAAAAGCUGUCAACGAGCAAGUUGCUGCUAUGAUGGUUUUGCCAAACAAAUUUCCAGUGCAACUAAUUCAGGAUAUACCUCUAAAAUCACUUAAAUUUUCACCACCAGCAGGUGUUCUGCGUCUACAAAUUGCAGAAGGAAGGGAUUUGGUGAAAGCUGAUGUUGGAAUGUUAGGAAUGGGAAAAUCUGACCCUUAUUGUAUAAUAACAGUUGGAAUACAAGAAUUUAAAACACCUGUGAUAAAGAACACUGUGUUUCCAAAGUGGAAUUUCUAUUGUGAACCGAUAAUAGAUCAAUUUGCAGGACAAAAUAUUGACAUUGAAGUUAUGGAUGAAGAUCAAAGUAGUAAAGAUGAUUUUCUGGGAAGAGUUUCUGUGGAUAUUUCAAAAUUAGUUAAGAAAAGAGAAGUCAGUGCAUGGUUACAGCUUGAAGAUACCAAAUCUGGAUCUAUCAACAUACAGUCAACAUGGUUGACCUUAAGUGAAAGUGCUGAUGAUUUACCUCAACAAUUAUUAGAUAUACGCAAUAUAAAUUCCAGAUCAACUAUGUAUUCUGCUGUGUUACUUGUAUUUCUGGAUAGUGCGAAACAUUUGCCAAAUGUAAAUCGAGGAGCUGAAGAGCCAAGUGCACAAGUUCAUUUUUCUGUUACUGGUUUUAAAGAUUCUAGUGCCAUCCGUCCACAUACUAAUGAUCCUAUAUGGGAGGAAACAUUUCGCUUUCUUCUUCAUAAUCCUGAAAUACAAGAUCUGACAGUUGAGAUAUUAGUACCAGCAGCAGGAACAAUGAAUUUGUUUAAGAAGAAAGAAGAAUCUAAGAAAGAAAACUCGCCUGAUGAGAAAGAUAGCAGAAAAAAUUCAACUGAAUGGCCUCCCACUUUGCCUGAUGUUUCACCUAGUGCUCGUCCUUUAAGUCCAGCGACAUCUACGAUCCAAGAUAUGAUUCAAACUACUGUUAUUCCUGCUGUUGAUAAUGUUGAGUUCAAAAAGAGACUGAUACAUACGCAACCUUUGAUGUUGCACAGCAACAGUGUGGUUUCACACCCAAGAGGUGAUGGUUCCACAAGUUAUCAUCCACUAUGGAACCUGUCCUUGUUUUUGACCUCGAGGGCUCACUGCUUGUCAAGUUCUUGGAUAGAGGAAUCACCAUCAAUGCCCAGUGAUAUCAAGACACUUUACAGAACCUUAGUCAAAAUGGUCAGGUAUGUUGUCCAAAGGUGCCUACACACAGCCAAAGUGGUGAAGACGGCAUUACAGCAGUUUUGGUGGGAAACGCUGGAACAUGUACUACAGUACAGUCCAGACCUUUUACCUUGUAACUUUCAUGAGGCAGAGUGGUUACAGCUUGAAGAUACCAAAUCUGGAUCUAUCAACAUACAGUCAACAUGGUUGACUUUAAGUGAAAGUGCUGAUGAUUUACCUCAACAAUUAUUAGAUAUACGCAAUAUAAAUUCCAGAUCAACUAUGUAUUCUGCUGUGUUACUUGUAUUUCUGGAUAGUGCGAAACAUUUGCCAAAUGUAAAUCGAGGAGCUGAAGAGCCAAGUGCACAAGUUCAUUUUUCUGUUACUGGUUUUAAAGAUUCUAGUGCCAUCCGUCCACAUACUAAUGAUCCUAUAUGGGAGGAAACAUUUCGCUUUCUUCUUCAUAAUCCUGAAAUACAAGAUCUGACAGUUGAGGUGACUGAUACAAAAUCUGGCAAGCCAAUAGGCAUGACAAGAAUACACCUUUGCCGUCUCCUGAGAGAGAAAGGGAUGCAAAUUGAAGAACCUUUCCAGCUGUUAGGAGCUGGCCCUAAUUCAAAAAUUUUGAUGACUUUACAACUCAGAAUAUUAGUACCAGCAGCAGGAACAAUGAAUUUGUUUAAGAAGAAAGAAGAAUCUAAGAAAGAAAACUCGCCUGAUGAGAAAGAUAGCAGAAAAAAUUCAACUGAAUGGCCUCCCACUUUGCCUGAUGUUUCACCUAGUGCUCGUCCUUUAAGUCCAGCGACAUCUACGAUCCAAGAUAUGAUUCAAACUACUGUUAUUCCUGCUGUUGAUAAUGUUGAGUUCAAAAGUGAGAAACAAGCAACACCACCUCUGACAUCUGACAAAGUUUCUCCUCCUGACUCUCCAUCAUCAAAAGCAGCUCCAAUCAAAACUCCUUCCCCAGUGAAAAAGAAAACUUCUUCUCCACCAAGCAUAAGUGGUGAUAGCAUCAAGAGCAACCGUAGCAUUCGAAGUAAUUCUGGAAUAACUAAAAUUCAACUUACUAUUCGCUACAGUAUUCCUAGAAACAAAUUAGUGGUUGUGGUUCAUAAAGCAAAGAACCUGCCACAUAAAGAUGGGGAAGAUAAACCAGAUCCUUAUGUUAAAAUAUAUAUGGUUCCUGAUCGUAAUAAGGAAACAAAACAAAAAACACAAGUAAUCAAAAAUACUUGCAAUCCAAUAUUUGAUGAAUCACUUGAGUUUGAUGUAAAUAUGUCUGAAGUGACCUAA